GUCUCUGCAGUCCCUAUCUGACCAGAGAGGCCUGGGUGCACUCACUGCAGGGUGGCCAUGUUUUUGAAGGCAGUAGCAGUUGGACUGCUCCUCGCUGUCUGCCUUAUUGGAAGGCGUGUUGAAGGACAGAGGAGAGGUAAAAAAAUAGUAUCGGGGGAUUCUCUCAUCUACCUCGGCCAAGACAGAAACCCCUGGAAGCCGCUGAUUCGCACCGCGGCCAACAUCAGUGAGAUCAGAAGCAUCAAGUCUACUUUUCAGUUUCGGACUUAUGACCCAGAAGGCGUGAUUUUCUACGGGGACUCCGGAGAUGCACAGGACUGGUUUAUUUUGUCCCUGAAAGAUGGAUUCCCCUUGAUGCAGAUCAGCAAAGGGGACGUUCAAGUUAGCGUGACUGGUGGGCCCAAACUGAAUGAUGGGAUAUGGCACACGUUGGACGUGGGCAGCAAGGGAAAGUUUGUGGUUCUGGAUGUGGACAACUUACCUGGGCUGGUGGUGGGAAUGCACUCCCAACAGACUAAGGAGGUUGUUUCUGGGCAAAUUCGAUUGGCACUCGGUGGGCUCCUGGCCAGCAAGGACAAGAUGAUAGUUGAGUUGGAUCCACAGAUGGACGGCUGUGUGCGGGAUGGCCGCUGGUUAAACCUCAGCAUGCCUUGGGAGGUGGACGAAGACGAGCUCUUACUUUGCCACCAGAACAUUCAACCUGGCAGCUACUUUGCUCAAGAAGGAUUCUCCCUUUUUAACACUUCAGUUUUCGACAUCGAUGAAGAAAGCGGAUUGACAGUUGGACUUUCAGGGAACUUCAGUCAGAUGGAUGGAACCCUUCUGAGCGUCAUGUCCUCAGAGGGAGAGCUGCUGGGUGCGCUUAGAGCUGAUAAUAAAACAAAUAAGCUUCAUGUUACCAUCGGAAAGCACAAAGAUGAACUUACAAACAAUUGCAAGAGGCUGCAGAUUACUUUUUUGAGGAGUAAGGUGGAAGUGCUUCAAACCUUAGAUAAAUCAAUUGCGUUUUCUUAUGACCAAGAAAGCACCCCUGGUUACAUAACAGCAUUGAGAGGGGGUCGUCUAGCCAUUGGAGGCCUUCUGGGUGAUAGGGAAGAUAUGGUUGGCUCCCAUUUCCUGACAGGCUGCCUGGAGAAGAUCCAAAUCCAAGGGAAUAAUAUCGAUCUGGAUACAGCUCUCAAAGACAAGUCAGCUUCUUCUCACAGCUGCCCUGUAUAGCCCCUAAAAGCAUGCAUGUCCUGGAUAAGGACAAGAUAUUGGCUGUAGAGGAAUUUCUUUGAUGAA